AUGGCCAAGAAGAAAAGUACAGGACCACAGCCGUCAUUAUCAUCUUCUCCCAAUGGUAGGGCAAAAGUAACUGCAGAAACAAUCACCACGACCACGACCACAACCACCGACACGACCAAUAGUUAUUCACUUCUAAAUAUAUGGGUCAUUUCAUUAGCACUUAAAAUACUUCUUUUCAUUGGGUAUCAUUCAACAGAUUUUGAUGUACAUAGAAAUUGGUUAGCCAUCACCAAUAAAUUACCAAUUUCUCAAUGGUAUAUUGAAAACACAUCACAAUGGACAUUAGAUUAUCCACCAUUUUUCGCUUAUUUUGAAUAUUUAUUAUCAUUAUUAGUACCACGAUUUGUUGCCAAUGAUGGAUGUUUAGAUAUUGUUGAAAUUGGUCAAUAUGGAUUACCAACAAUUUAUUUCCAACGAUUAACGGUUAUUAUUAGUGAAUUGGUAUUAUUUUAUGCAUUACAAACCAUUGUUAAAACUUCACCUACUCUUUCAGCGAAAAGAAGAAUGUAUGUGGCUACUGCCAGUCUUGCAUUAUCUCCUGGAUUGAUACUUAUUGAUCAUAUUCAUUUCCAAUAUAAUGGUAUGAUGUAUGGAAUAUUAUUAUUAUGUAUAAAUAGUGCUCGUUUACAACAAUAUUUGUCAUGUGGAUUUUGGUUUUCAGUAUUGUUAUGUUUCAAACAUAUUUAUUUAUAUUUGGCUCCAGCAGUAUUUAUAUUCCUUCUUCGAGGUUAUUGUUUGAAAUUUUAUUGGAAUAAACGUAAAAAUUUUUUCAUCAAUAUUUUCAAUUUUAUUCAAUGGAUUAAUCUUUUCAAAUUAGGUAGUAUUGUUAUUUUAGUAUUCAUCAUUGCCUUUGGUCCAUUUUAUAAUGUUUUACCACAAUUAAUUUCUCGAUUAUUCCCAUUCAGUCGUGGGUUGACUCAUGCAUAUUGGGCACCUAAUAUUUGGGCCGUUUAUUCAUUUCUUGAUCGAAUAUUAAUUCAAAUUUAUAAAAAAAUCCCCAUGAGUAAAUAUCCAUUAUUAAAAAUUUUCCAAUUUGAUCCAAAUUCAUUAAAUAAUGAUCAAUUAUUGAAAACUUCAACUCGUGGUAUUGUUGGUGAUAUUGAAUUUUUUAUACUUCCCAAUAUAACUCCAAAAUUGACAUUUUUAUUAACAUUAUUUUAUCAAAUCAUGGCAUUAAUCCCAUUAUUCAUUCAACCAACUUAUAGACGAUUUGUUGGUGCCCUUACAUUAUGUGGUUAUGCAUCAUUUUUAUUUGGUUGGCACGUACAUGAAAAAGCAAUUUUAUUAGUCAUUUUCCCCAUGACUUUAUUAGUUGCUCGUGAUCAAAAAUUAUUGACUCCAUUUAAUUUAUUAGUUAGUUGUGGUUAUGGAUCUUUAUUCCCCCUUAUUUUCACCUGUAAUGAAUGGUUAAUUAAAGUGGUUUAUACUUAUACUUGGUACAUUAUAUUUUAUUUCAAUUUUAGAAAAGUAGUAAGACCUUCAAAGAAUAAUAUUAUUGGUAAUGGUAUUGGUAAUGGUAAUGGUAAAGGUGGUGGGAUUAUUUUAGAUAGAAUGGUCAAUUUAUACAUUUUACUUUUCAACGUUGUUGUUAUUAUAACUAGUUUAUUUGAUUUGUUUAAACAUAAAUACCCCGUUUUACAAAAUUUUGAAUUUUUGAAUUUGAUGAUUUAUAGUGUUUAUUGUGCCAUUGGAAUAAUUAGUAGUUGGAAUGGGUUUUGUUGGUUGUAUUUUAUUGAUGAUGGUAUAUGGAACCAAGAUCAAUAA